AUGUCCUACCAACAGCAACCGGAAGACGACGGACUCGCAUACGGAAACGACUAUUCGCAAUCUCGUGGAAGCGGUGGGCAAGACGGCACUGAUCGAUCGCUACUUGGUGACACAUUCAAGAAGUUCAAAUCCGAGCUGGACAAGUACAAGUCUGGUUCUUCCUCGUCCCCAAAUUAUGGCUAUUCUGGCUCCGGCCCUGGCUCCAAUCAGCAGUAUUACGGCCAACAAGGUCCCAGUACUGGAUAUCCCCAGGUCGGUCAGUCGGCUUAUCCAGGAGGCCCGCCUGCUCAACAACCUGGAGGUCGACCUGAUAUCGCGUCCAAGCUCUUUGGUGGAUUGCAGAACACUCUUCAAAACAUCGGCUCAGACGUCAAUAACUUGCUAGGACCAGGAAACCGACCUCCUUCGCAAUACGGGCCGCCAGCUCCAGGACAGACUAGUUAUACAGGAUAUGCCAAUGCACCAAUUCCGCAAGGCAUCCCUUCUGGCCCAAACCGCUUUGACAGCUUCGCUUCAGAGAAACCAGGCAACGAUGUCAAGUGGUAUGUUGAUGGGUGUGGCUACUUCUGGGCAGUCAGCCAGGCGCUCGAAGGAGCAAAGCACUCAAUCUGGAUAUUGGAUUGGUGGCUGUCCCCCGAACUGUAUCUCCGCCGACCACCCUCUCAAAACGAGCAAUGGAGGCUCGAUCGAACGCUGCAACGGGCAGCACAACGCGGCGUCAAAGUCAAAGUGAUUGUAUACAAAGAAGUUACUCAAGCUUUGACUCUUUCUUCGGCACAUACGAAACACGAACUCGAGAAGCUACAUCCCAACAUUGCGGUGUUCCGUCACCCAGACCAUCUACCAGAUGCUCAAACGGCUCAGUCGUCUCUAGCGUCUUCUUUCCAAGCUUUGAAGCUUGACGCCGCCGGAAUUUCGAAACUUGGUGCAGAUACCCUCAAGGGAAUAUAUGGCGUGACGGACGACGUUAUUCUAUACUGGGCACACCAUGAGAAGCUAUGCUUGAUUGACGACAAGAUUGCAUUCAUGGGUGGCUUGGAUCUCUGCUUUGGUAGGUGGGACACAAAUCAGCAUUCAAUCGCCGAUGCACAUCCUUCGAACAUGAACGAUAUCGUCUUUCCUGGUCAAGAUUACAACAAUGCUAGGGUCAUGGAUUUUAGCGAUGUUGCACAGCCAUUCCAGAACAAACUCGACAGGACCAAGAGCUCGAGGAUGGGUUGGUCGGAUAUUAGCAUUUGCCUUCAAGGAGCUUGCGUCCAGGACCUUCGUCACCACUUUGUUGACAGAUGGAACUUCAUCUUCGACGAGAAAUACAAUGUCCGCAAAGACCAGCGGUACUACAGGCUUCUCGACGAUUUCCCUCACCCUCCAACUGGUCCAGGUCAGCGACCUCAAUCACGACCACAGUCUCAAGGGCCUCUCCAACCUCCAGCGCCAGUCGGUGGAUAUGCACCACCCCCAGGCAGUCAACCCUACACAGAGCCGGCGUGGCAUACAACUGCCCGGCCGCACACGCCCAGCGCAGGUCAAUACCAGGGUCAGCCGGGAACAGAUACUGGUGCAUAUGGCGGUGCUGCAACUCCUUCCGUCCCGGGCGCUCAGAUUCACUCCCAACAUUCUGAGACUCAAUAUGGUCAAACCGCCUCCUUGGGUCAAGGAGUACAAGCACCGCUUCAGACUUCUACCGGUGUUUAUGGCCAAGUCCCUCCUCCUCCGCCGCACGCUCCUAUCCAGACUUCUGCCGGUGUUUACGGCCAAGCUUCUGCGUCUCCAGCGCAGGCGCCCCAUCAAUCUUCUUCUGACUCUUAUAAUCAGGUGUACAGUCCUCCGCCAGCCGCAACUCCGCAACCUGCCACACAUGCUUACGGUCUGGUCUCCAGCCCUCCACCGCAGGUCGCCCCAGUUCAACAACCGGUGAACACCGGGAGUAGUUAUCAACAACCUCCGGCCCAGUCCAUGCAGCAGAAUUUUCCUCCUCCACCUCCCGGCCAACCUCCCCAACCAUCAGCGGCCCCAACACAGACUUAUGCGGAUUACCCGCCGCCUCCUAGCGCAAGUGCUCCCUAUACGCCGUACCAUCAAGGACCGACGGAACUUUCGUCGCAGCAAUCACCUCCCCAAUCGUACCAGCAUCAACCCUAUCAAGCUUAUCAACCAGCGGAUGCAGCGCAGGCUCGUGAUUUCGACGAAUACGGUCAAGAGUCUAGCAGAGGCUUCGAUGAUUAUGGACAAGGUGGCGAGUCUGAAAGAGGCUUCCGAGGGAGAUUUGACCAGUACAAAACCGAGGGGAAACUUCUUGGUCAGCAACUCUCAUCGAUUGGCAAUGUUGUCUCGGGACAAGCGCACCAACUUCAAGGCAAAUACCUUGGUGGUACUGACUCCUAUGGCCGCCCGUAUAAUCAGCCAAGACCCGUCAUGACCUGUCAGGUCCUAAGAAGCUGUACAACGUGGAGCAAUGGAACUCCCCUUGAGCACUCUAUUCAGAAUGCAUAUAUUGACGUUAUUCGGAACAGCCAGCAUUUUGUCUACAUCGAGAAUCAAUUCUUCAUUACUGCGACGGGCGAUCAACAGAAACCUGUCAAAAACUUGAUAGGCCAGGCUAUUGUUGAACGAAUCCUUCGAGCAGCCCGGAACAAUGAGAAGUAUAAGAUUAUUGUGGUCAUUCCGGCAGUGCCAGCAUUUGCAGGUGAUCUUCGGGACGAUUCUUCACUGGGCACACGAGCGAUCAUGGAGUUCCAGUACAACAGCAUUAAUCGUGGUGGACACAGCAUCAUGGAAAAAAUAGCGCAGGCGGGCUUCAAUCCUAUGGACUACAUUCGAUUCUACAACCUCCGGAAUUACGAUCGAAUCAAUUGCAGCAAUAUUAUGCAGCAAGUCGAACAGCACAGCGGGGUGAGAUACGAUGAUGCCCGGAAACAACACGAUGACGCAGUUGGGGCCGGCUAUGGGCAGUACGGUGAGAAGACAGGGACGACUCAACUGUCUCAAGCCCCUCAGUACCAGCAAUAUCAAAAUACCGCACAGCAGAUGGCAACCCCUGGAAGCGGCCGGUGGGACAGCGUGGCGGAAUGUUACAUGCUCGGCGGCCAGGACAUACGCACUGUCCCCUGGGACGGCCCUCCUGAAGCCGAGCUCGACGCAUUCGUUAGCGAAGAGCUGUACAUUCAUUCAAAGUGUCUCAUCGCCGACGAUCGAAUUGUCAUUGUAGGAUCCGCCAACCUGAACGACCGAAGCCAAGUAGGAUCACACGACAGUGAAAUCUGUCUGCUGAUCAACGACUCUACGCCGGUCCAAUCCUAUAUGAAUGGCCAACCAUACCAAGCAAACAGUUUUGCAGCCUCUCUACGCAGACAGCUGGUCCGGAAACAUCUCGGAUUGAUUCGGCCUCAACACUUCUUCAGGCCUGACCCCAAUUUCGACCCAGUCGGGGUUCCCAAUGUAUAUGACUGGAAUUCACCCGAAGACAAUGUCGUGGCAGAUCCUCUCAGUGACACUUUCCAGGCACUGUGGAACAGUCGAGCAAGGACGAACACCGAAGUUUUCAGAAGGGCGUUCCGCGCUGUGCCCGACGACUUUGUGAAUACGUGGGCCGAUUACAAGGAGUUUUACGAGUACUUCUACCGGCACGCUGACACAGAUGCGCAAGGGAAACCAAGCAAAUUACCGCCCCGGGUCGAGUAUGGACAUGUUGUAAGGGCAGAUUUCCCCGGAGGAGUGAGCGAGUUGAAGGAACUUCUGAGUCAAGUCAAGGGCACUCUGGUGGAAAUGCCACUGUGUUUUCUUCAAAAUGAAGACAUUGCUAAGGAAGGGCUGACUUUGAAUGCGCUGACUGAAGAAGUCUAUACAUGA